AUGGCAAACGGUUGCCUGGGUCGCCUCCAACCAAGUACCCUUCAAAUACCGGUGCGUCGCCUAAUGAUGAGAUAUAGUAUCACUAGAUCUGGACGGCAAUUAGCUUUGAAACAUCACACUUGCUUCAGUAACCCUUCGACUCCAAUUGUUAAACCAGCAAACCGCCGCCCCAUUCAAACAACAGCCAUGCCUCAGCGCAAGCACAACGAUGUCGCGGAAUUCCACAAGGCUUUGAAUUCAAGCAAGCGCAUCCUAGCCCUCUGCGGUGCAGGUCUCUCUGCUUCUUCGGGCCUGCCUACUUUUCGUGGCGCCGGGGGCUUCUGGCGCAACCACGAUGCCACCUCGCUGGCGACCAUGAAUGCGUUCCGCAACGAUCCUGGGCUGGUAUGGUUGUUUUACGCGUACCGUCGACACAUGGCACUCACAGUGAAGCCAAACCCGGGACACCACGCGCUGGCGGCCUUGGCGGAGAAAAACCCAGACUUUUUGUGCCUGACGCAAAACGUUGACGACCUCUCCCUGCAGGCCGGCCACAAGGUAGAACAACUGCGCCGCCUACACGGCAGCCUCUUCGACAUCAAGUGUGCCAACUGCGACUACAUUGAACGCAACAACACCGCCGACCCGUUGUGUACAGCCCUCGCUCCUGCAUCAGAAGACGUCAAGGACCCCAACCAAACGCUGCCGCUGCUUGACCCCAAGAAGAAGCUCGCCAAAAUCAACGACGAGGACCUACCGCACUGCCCGUCUUGCAAGGAGGGUCUGCUCCGCCCGGGAGUUGUCUGGUUCGGCGAGAAUCUCGACGAGGAGAUGCUCAAUGGUGUUGACGCGUGGGUUGAACAGGGGAAGGUCGAUCUAAUGCUUGUUAUCGGUACUUCGGCAAAGGUGUGGCCUGCUGCUGGGUAUAUCAUGAAGGCGCACGAGGCGGGUGCACGGGUGUGUAUCAUCAACCCUGAGGCUCAAGACAAGGGUCAGAUGGCCAAGCUGCGUCCCGGGGACUUUGCAUUUGCGAGGGAUUCGGCGGAGGCGCUGCCCCUGUUGCUGGAGCCUGUUAUUGGAAAGAUUGGAGAGGACGGCCGGUAUUCUUAA